GGGGCUGCCCCGCCAUCUUAGGGGGCGUCGCCAUCUCCCUUGGCCGCUGUUUGGGAGUGUAUUUAUUUCGGGAAUUAGGCGUGCUCUGCUCGCUGUGUGGAGCUGAGGGACGAAGGAGAGGCUCCCGCCGUGUUGGAGUUCCUGUGACAUUGGCUUGCAUUCCGAGGGGACAAUGUCCGGCGUGCCAGUGGCUGUGGUGACAGGAUCCAACAAAGGGAUUGGCUUGGCCAUCGUGCGGGCCCUGUGCAAACAAUUCCCGGGGGAUGUGUACCUGACAUCCCGGGAUCCUGCCCGAGGCCAGGCUGCCGUGGCUGAGCUCCAGCAGGAGGGGCUGCAGCCACUUUUCCACCAGCUGGACAUCGACGACCUGCAGAGCAUCCGAGCACUCCGGGACUUCCUGAAGGACAAGUAUGGAGGGCUCAACGUGCUGGUGAACAACGCUGGCAUCGCUUUCAAAGUUAAUGACACUGCUCCAUUUGCAGUCCAAGCUGAGGUUACAAUGAAGACAAACUUUUUUGGAACCAGGAAUGUUUGCACAGAAUUGCUGCCUAUUAUGAAGCCUUAUGGCCGGGUGGUGAAUGUGUCCAGCAUGGUGAGCUGCAAGGCCCUGGAGCGCUGCAGCCAGCAGCUGCAGCAGAAAUUCCGCAGUGACACCAUCACUGAGGAUGAGCUGGUGCAGCUCAUGAACAAAUUCGUGGAAGAUGUCAAGAAAAACAUCCAUGAGAAAGAGGGAUGGCCAAACACUGCCUAUGGGGUGUCCAAAAUCGGGGUCACUGUCCUGUCCAGGAUCCACGCGCGGCUGUUGAACGAGCAGAGGAAAGGAGAGCACAUCCUCCUCAAUGCCUGCUGCCCUGGCUGGGUGAGGACAGACAUGGCAGGUCCCAAAGCCACCAAAUCCCCAGAGGAGGGGGCUGAGACCCCUGUUUAUUUGGCCCUUUUGCCUUCCAAUGUUGAUGCUCCUCAUGGCCAAUAUGUCAGUGAGAAAACUGUCCAUCCUUGGUGAGCUCAGGGAGGGGGCAGGGAGCUCCUGUUCCUGAUUCCAUUCCUAAUUCCAGCAGUGCCAGCCCUUUUCCCACUCCCCUGGGAUGGAUCUCAGACAUGGAGCUAGGAUGAGGUAGCAGGUGCCUUAUCUCUCAUCACAGUAGAAUUUUCCAGAAUCCAGAGCUGUUUUGGGGGCUUUCAAAGAGAAUGGGAUUGGUUUAGAGCUGCUCUGAUCUGUCUGGGGUGAAACUCAACUGUUGAACAGACAUUCCUUACUCUCAGAACUAAAUGGAAUUAGGUGAAAAUAAAAAUAGCACUGAUCCACAUUUAUAGCCAAACAUAAUCAGUUGGUGUUAUAAUUACUGCUUUAUAUUCUGGUACUAAAAACUUAUAAAGUUGGAAAAUAUAUUUUCAUUUUCUGCAGCUACUUUUGUUGCUGGGAUUUGCAAUGUCUGCACUGGCUACAGAGAAAAUAAAUUACAGACCUGACACAGCAAA